GCUACCUCGCUUUCCGGUCCUCGUCUCGUUCAUUUGUCUGCAUUUCGAGGUUUGUUUCAUACCGUGAGCGGAACGGAGGACAACGGAAACAAGACCUGCAAGGUUAAUAUGUCGUCUUGGGUGAAGGUAACCAGGGGCCAGCCGCAGAAACCUGCCGGUGGAAAAAGGAACAAACCAAGCGGGAUACCACGCCUUUUGGACAUUAAUCCAUACAAAUCCAACCAGAAGUCAACAUUCUCUGACAAAUAUCCAAGAGACGUGGAAGAACAGAAUAGCUUUGAAGAACUCUUUGGACAACAAUACCAUUAUCCUGCUGGCUCAGAGGAGUACUGUGAGAGAUAUCAAUAUUCCCAGAAGGACACCAAAUACAGUGCAGAUGACCGCCGAGAGAAGCUGUACCUGCAAUUUUACCAGCAGAUCCAAAAUGAAUACCACAAAGAACGACCUUCUGACUGUGUGAUUGUGGCCAUCAGCAAGGAACAGAUGGAGUACGCCACUUCCAUAGGCCAUCGAUUACAGGAUCAUGGCCUUGUGGUGGAGAUGAUUUACUUGACUUCAGAAUCUGGUCUCACACGCGCUCUACAAGAGGUUAAAAAUGACGGUUCCCCGUUUUGCAUUCUAGUUGAGCAGUCAAAUGUAGCUCUAUCCUCUUGCACCGCUAUCAUUCUUCAUGAUUCUAUCAAAAUACACCGUAAUAUGCCCAUGGAUGAUGCCCUGACUCUGAUAGUUAAGGCAUUCGGGAAAAUUUUUGGUGAGCGUGAACAGCAGGAACGUAAUGAGAUAUCACACAAAGCAGCUGAUCUGGCGGAUGACUACCUGGAGAGAGAGAUAUAUGAAUCUUACUCUGUCCCUCUGGACAUUAGACACCUUCUCUUCCUCUUAGGCGAAGGCAAAUAUUUAUAUUCCGAGGAGCUGAAUGCAAUCAGCGUCUACUUGAAGACCAGGAUAACUGAGUUGGAAGGAUUUGAGGAAGCUGAUACAACACAAGAGGCUAAUGCCAAGUAUGAAUCACUUGGUGGUUCCUCCUCGACACACCUGGAGAAGCCUCCACCUCUUCUUCCCACAUCUGGCAGGAAUCCCUUUAUGGGAAAAUCAAAGCCUUCCCUACUAGGAGAAAGGCCUUCCGGUCUCCUCCCUACACCAGAUCAUGGAGAUGAUGGUGUAAAUGCAUUAUUUGAGGCCAGUAUAGUACCAAACAGUGGCUGUUCAUCAGAUAUUCUUACCAAGCCUCCCCCUCUUCUUCCAACCCCUGGGAGAACACCAUUACUAGGACUUUCAAAAGCACCUCUCCUCCGUGACAGAGCCCCAGGUGGACUUUUACCUACACCGGGAAUACCUGGUCCAAAAGGCAAACCUCCUCCACUCUUGGCGAUGACUUCCAAAAGACCUGGUCUCCUUGGGUUUUCACCGCACCAGCAAGCAAAACGUCCACUGCUAGGAGAAAAGCCAGGGCUUCUUCCAACUCCUCUUGGUGAGCAUUAUGGUUCAGACGCCAUCUGGCGACCUCCUCCAUCCUCUCACUUGUUACACCUCCCCCGAUCAGCUGGUGAAUCAGGAAGUGCUGUUCCUGCAAAUACUAAUCCACUUCUCUGGCCGUCAAAACCCAAACCUCUUCUUGGCUAAAGCCAGAAAAUGCACAUCUAUUCAGCGUCUGUUAUGAGUUCUACCUGUGACUCCAUAUUAGAACAGUGCAGAAGAACUGCAACAGCAAAGUCUAAUUCCCCACAUUCCCAUAGAUGUUUUGGGGUUGUUAUUUUGUUUUGUUUUUUUAAUUUGUGUUUUUAUUUUAAUUUUUUUGUAGUCUUAAUUAUUGGUAUUUUCCCUUUUAUUGAAAUAUGUCUGGACAGACCAACAAAAAAACGUAGAAAGCAUUGGUGGGCCUUCAAUAGAAGGAUUUUUAAGAACGGCUGAAGAUGGUUGCUUCUGUUUUGUUUAUAUUUUCUUUGUAAUUAUCUUUUCUCUUAAGAGAAUAAAGAUUUUGUUUUACAAAAAACACUGUUUCUUCUCCUGUUUUCUUCUGUGGAUCCGAAGCCCCUUCAUUUUAAACUACCAAUCUAAAUGCCACAAACUGUUUCACUGAUUUAGCUUGCAAUUUAAAGAUCAUUUAAAUUUCCCCUAGAGUGGCAGGUGGCAUUACUGAACUUUACUUGC